AUCAGCUUCUGACAAUCCACACCAUUCCCGAAGUUCAUAAUGCGUGAGAUUAUACACCUCCAGACCGGCCAAUGUGGCAACCAAAUCGGCACAGCCUUCUGGCAAACCAUUCACGGCGAGCACGGGCUUGAUCAAGAUGGAGUAUUCCGCGGCUCUGAUGAGCAGCAGUCCGAGAGGCUGAGCGUCUACUUCACCGAGGCUGCCAAACAAAAGUACGUUCCUCGUGCGGUCCUGGUUGACCUUGAGCCCGCAACCAUGGAUGCAAUCCGUUCCGGUCCCCUUGGUGACUUCUUCCGUCCCGACAACAUGGUCUACGGACAGUCUGGCGCGGGUAACAACUGGGCAAAGGGCCACUACACCGAAGGCGCCGAGCUGGUUGACCAAGUCCUCGACGUCGUGCGCCGCGAAGCCGAAGCCUGCGACAGUCUGCAGGGUUUCCAGAUCACGCACUCCCUCGGUGGCGGCACUGGCUCUGGCAUGGGCACCCUCCUCAUCGCAAAGGUCCGCGAGGAAUUCCCUGAUCGCAUGAUGGCGACCUUCUCUGUCCUGCCGUCUGCCAAGGUCUCUGAGGUCGUUGUCGAGCCGUACAAUGCGACCUUGUCGAUCCAUCAGCUCGUCGAAAACUCGGAUGAGACGUUCUGUAUCGACAACGAGGCCCUGUAUGACAUCUGCCGCCGCACCCUGAAGCAAGCGCACCCGUCCUACGGACAUCUCAACCACCUGGUGUCCAGGGUCAUGUCCGGCUUGACGACGGGCUUCCGCUUCCCGGGGCAAUUGAACGCCGACCUCCGCAAGCUGGCUGUGAACCUCGUCCCCUUCCCCAGACUUCACUUCUUCACCGUCGGAUUCGCGCCGCUCACCUCCUCGGCCUCCUUCUCGAACCUGGGUGUCGCCGAGCUCACACAGCAGAUGUUCGACCCGAAGAACGUCAUGUUGGCGUCCGAUUUCCGUGACGGACGCUUCUUGACUUGCUCCACCAUGUUCCGUGGAAAGGUGUCGAUGAAGCAGGUCGAGGAACAGAUCCACGCCAUCAAGAGCAAGAACUCGGCCAACUUCGUAGAAUGGAUCCCAAAUAACAUCCAGACUGCCCAUUGCUCUGUGCCGCCUAAGGGACUGGCCGUAUCAUCGACGUUCAUUGGAAACUCCACCGCAAUCCAGAACAGUUUCCGCAGAGUCGGGGACCAGUUCAGCCUCAUGUUCCGGAGAAAGGCUUUCCUGCAUUGGUACACUGGAGAGGGCAUGGAUGAGAUGGAAUUCACUGAGGCCGAGUCUAACAUGAACGAUCUGGUAUCCGAGUACCAGCAGUACCAGGAUGCAGGCAUGGAUGACGAGUACGGCGACGAGUACGAAGACGAGGCUCCGGCUGAGGAGGAAUGAGUAGGCAAGACAACUAUUCGAUGCCCUUGCCGAGAUGAAGCUACCUUAUAUUCAAGAUAGUUGAUGGUCUUUGAGGCUUUUCCAAUCACCGUGCAUACUCAAUCCAGCAUUAUAGUCCGAGCAGCCCACCUGAAGUUAUCCCUUUCGACUGAGAAGGCAAUAGGAUUGUUCUAUCUCGUUCCUUGUGCAGACAACGAAGUGAAUCGUUACGCAACCCCUAGUUUUGACUUGCAAAUUUGCAUUUCGUCACAAGAUCCAGGUGGCCAACAGUUCAAGGAUCGGUACCCUAGUAGAUGUACCUGAAAUGGCUCCCCGGGAUACGGGAAGAAAGACAUCGCAUUACAUUGGAUAAUUCUCACCCGUUGAACUGGGUGAAGACAAAAUGAACCGAACAGACUUCUAGCCAACUUCUGUGUUUAUCAAGUUAGUAUGAGUUCUGGAUCCCCAUCGACAUAGAUUCAGUGGAAUUUGUAAGUGAGAUUAUCUUCGUGACGG